AUGGCGGCGAUUCCCUCUACGACGAAAGCAUUUGUUUCUCAAGGCGAUAUAUCGUUUUCUCGCCGUGAGAUUCAGCAGUCGAGCCAGCAGAUACAGCCUAGUGUGGUUCCCGUCCAGGCAAGCAAUGGUGGUCCUUGGGGCACUUGGCAUGCUUGGGUCUACUGUUUACCAGGAAGCUACAUGAACGCGUAUCAGAUAAAGUACGACCAUUACAACGGUUUGGGAAUGAGUACAGACGACUUCGGAAUCACCCAUCUGAAACUGUUCUGCGUCUAUCCCAACGCCAGUGAAGCCAAUAACAUGAUUGUAGGGGUAAAUGACAACAACCCUCCUGGAGCUUGGGAAGAUGUGCAAGUGUGCCCUGAGGGGAAGUGGCUGAAAACUUGGAUGCAGGCGGUGACCCCUUCUCUAGGCUCGGACGACGACGACGCCCGGAACAACAUAGUCUUCUAUUGCUCUUCGGAUGCGAGUGGCCGCUCUGAUGUAGGUAAGGGCAAGGCAGCGUUCAGUGGAGCAUUAAACGGUUUCUUUGGGAUUUUGGGUUCAAGGGCCGAGAUCAAAGGAGAGAUUGGGAUGUUCGGACAAAGGCUGCUGGGAACAGGUGAUGGCCGAUACGCCCAAAGCAGUACCGUAACAUGCCCUUCUCGACCUUACCUUGUGGUGUGA